GCGCUCCUUUCUCUCUCUGCGCGGGCGCCGCGGGGGCCGCUGGGAUCGCGGCGGACCCGGCGCAGACGGAGCCGGCGGAGCGGCCGCCAUGGACGUGUUCCUGAUGAUCCGGCGGCACAAGACGACGAUUUUCACCGAGGCCAAGGAAUCUUCGACCGUGCUGGAGCUGAAGAGAAUCGUGCAGGGAAUCCUGCACCGGCCGCCCGAGGAGCAGCGGCUCUACAAGGCGGACCAGCUGCUGGAGGAUUCCAAGACUUUGGGCUACUUUGGGGGCUAAAUUUAGACGGCGCCCCCCUCCUUUCCCCGGUUUGCAGAGGAAUCCUUCGAGGGGCUGCGCAUCGAGCCGUUCUCGAGCCCCCCGGAGCUGCCGGACGUGAUGAAGCCUCAGGACUCGAGCGGCGCCGCCACCGACCCCCCCCUGCCCUGAGGGGCCUUUUUGGGCUGAAAUCCGCCCGGUUUGGGGCUCCCGGGUGGGGGGGGCAGGGGAAAAUGGGAAAAAAUGGGGAAAAAAUGGGAAAAAAAUGGGGAAAAAAUGGAAAAAAUGGGGAA